CGAUAAGGAGAGCGAGUGGUGUGGAAAUGAAGUGCAACGUGAAUUCUCGAUGGUCAAUCUUUUGCAUCUCGGACCAGCAUUGAAAAGAUGCACGUUAGUCACCCUUGCCUUCUCCUCACCCCACUUCGCCUAGGCGAGACUGCCAUGUUGAUGGCAUGGCCUCGACUGUCAAAAUAUUUACCAACAUUCAGGGCAAUGGAAAUAUUUCCUUGACUCAACUAUCACCCAUUGAGGAGCCUCGCAACCCUAUUCUUGUCUACAUUCAUCGCAUAUGUUGCAAUCUCAGAUGUUACAUUACGCAAGAGAACAUCGACCAAUAUGAGUGAUCUCCAACGCGCAUUUGCCAAAGCAAAGCUCUCAAGCUACCCCGCCACUAUGCCUCCUACAAUACCGCCCUUCAUAGAAGCAGAUGAGGAAGAAGAGGAGACAGGUCACUUCGACAUUGAAUCUGCAGAGCUGCCCCACGAUGACGACUCCUCUUCUGCUUCCUCUGCAUCUUCUGCCUCCUCGACUGGUACAAUUAUCCCUUCGCAGAACCAGAAGUUAUUCGCAAGACCUCAAGGAUCCCCAAAUAAAAGAACAAUGGACCAAAUUCCCUGGACUACCUACUUCGAACGAGAGCUCUUCCUCCCAUCUCCCUCUGCCGACACAACAAUAACCCACCACGUCUACCUAACCUCCCCCAUCGGUCCUUCGGCUCCUCUCUUCAUAACCCAUCACGGUGCCGGUUCCUCUGGCCUCUCCUUCGCAGCCCUCACAUCCGAACUGCGAAAACGUCUCCCCAACGCUGGGAUCCUCUCCCUCGACGCGCGCGGUCACGGCUCCACAACCAUAUCUCCAUCACAAGAGACUGAGAUCCUAGAUCUGAGUCUAGAAACUCUUAGCUCCGAUUUAUUGACCGUGAUAGAGAGGACAAAACUACAAAUGGGAUGGGAGACCAUGCCUCCCUUAAUCCUGAUAGGCCAUUCACUAGGCGGAGCAGUUGUCACGGAUGUUGCCAAGAGUGGAAAACUAGGAAAUUCGUUAUUGGGCUACGCUGUUCUGGAUGUAGUAGAAGGAUCAGCAAUCGAUGCCCUACAAAGCAUGCAAACCUACCUUUCUACCCGACCUGCUGGUUUCCCUUCCCUGGAAUCAGGUAUAGAAUGGCAUAUCCGCUCUAGAACAAUUCGAAAUUCGAUGAGUGCUAGAACGAGCGUGCCGGCUUUGUUGAAACAUGAUUCUGAGAUCAGGAGUUCGAGGAGUUGGACGUGGAGGACGGAUCUAGCAGCUACGCAGCCAUUCUGGGAAGGAUGGUUCAUUGGACUUAGUAAGAAGUUUCUUGAGGCGAGGGGAGGGAAGCUGUUGUUGUUGGCGGGAACGGAUAGAUUGGAUAAGGAGCUUACGAUCGGGCAGAUGCAAGGCAAAUAUGCACUCCAAGUCUUCCCUGAAGCUGGACAUUUCAUCCACGAAGAUCUUCCUGAGAAAACGGCAGUGGUCAUUGUGGAUUUCUAUAAAAGGAACGAUAGAAGUGCUCUAGUCCUUCCGCCCAAAGUAUCAGACAUGCUUCGAGCUGGGAAAAAGGUGUAGAGCGGGGAAGAAGGGUCAUUACAAGACUGCACUAUGUGUGAUUAUAAUGUCACAUGUCCAACCUGGCUCAAGAAGAGAAGAGACUAUACCGGUUCCAGGUGCUGGUUCUGGUUUCGCAGAGCCAGAACAAGGGAGUGGCAGCCUAGACACUACCGACCUUGACACCAGAAUGAGACGAAUGAGGAGGCUUGACUGGCCUUACCUCGCUCGAAUUCAAGGUCAAGACGAUAGAGCAGCUUCCAUAGAGGAUAGCUCAUGAAUCAGCUCGUCCAUUGUAUAUCAACGCGAUGAACUUAGGAGAUAAGAGUAAUUACGAUCUCAAACAAAUCGAAAUAAACAUUCUUGACAAUAGACUGAUUCUCGCUAGCAACAUAUCAUUCUACAUGCAUUGUCCAGCCACCGUCUUGUUGUCUGCCCCCUAUAUCAAGCGAGCGCCUAAACUAGAAAGAACCAAGAUUUCGAUUAGACCAUAAAUGUAGCCUCGUUUGGCG